UGGUAACAAGAUCACUAUCCUACAACUAUCCGAUUCAUUCUUGAUAAUUGUUGUCUACCUCCAUCCUUAUCUCAACUCCCAAAACUCCAAACCCAAUUCUAUAAUCAUAAUCAUAAUUAUAUAUAACAAGAACACAACACAACACAACACCUAAGCUAACUAACCAAUCAUAUAAAAACACACACUCACACGGUUUUAUUGUUGUUGUCAAACAUGCUUAGAACAAGAAUCAACACAGCUCGCUCCAUUUUUUCAUCUCUUUUCAGAAUCAAUUCUUCUUCUAACUAUUCCACUUCCUUCCUCUUCGACGACACACAGAUUCAGUUUAAAGAGAGUGUUGCUCAAUUUGCUAAUGAAAAUAUUGCCCCUCAUGCUUCCAAAAUUGACCACACUAACUAUUUCCCACAGGAGGUUAACUUGUGGAAAAGUAUGGGAGAAUUUAAUCUCCAUGGGAUUACUGUACCAGAGGAGUAUGGAGGGCUUGGUCUAGGUUACUUGUAUCAUUGUAUUGCAAUGGAAGAGAUUAGCCGUGCUUCAGGAUCGGUCGGUCUUUCUUAUGGUGCUCAUUCUAACCUAUGUAUCAAUCAACUGGUGAGGAAUGGAAACCAUGCUCAGAAAGAGAAAUACUUGCCAAAGCUUAUCUCCGGGGAUCACGUGGGAGCUUUGGCGAUGAGUGAACCCAAUUCUGGGUCCGAUGUUGUCAGCAUGAAGUGCAAGGCUGAUCGUGUAGACGGAGGAUAUGUAAUUAAUGGAAACAAGAUGUGGUGUACUAAUGGAACAGUUGCUCAAACAUUAGUUGUCUAUGCAAAAACAGACAUAACAGCAGGGUCAAAAGGAAUCACUGCAUUCAUCAUCGAGAAGGGAAUGCCUGGAUUCAGUACUGCGCAGAAAUUGGAUAAACUAGGGAUGCGAGGAAGUGAUACAUGCGAGCUUGUCUUUGAGAAUUGCUUUGUGCCAGACGAAAAUGUUCUCGGGAAAGAAGGAAAAGGAGUCUAUGUGAUGAUGUCGGGGUUGGAUUUGGAAAGACUUGUUUUAGCAGGUGGUCCCCUUGGUAUUAUGCAGGCAUGUCUCGAUGUUGUCCUUCCUUAUACUCGACAAAGAGAACAGUUCGGUCAUCCUAUCGGGGAGUUUCAAUUUAUACAGGGAAAAGUUGCCGACAUGUAUACGUCUUUACAGUCCUCAAGGUCUUACGUGUAUUCCGUAGCUCGAGACUGUGACAAUGGAAAAGUUGACCCGAAGGAUUGUGCUGGAGUUAUACUUUGUGCAGCUGAAAGAGCGACGCAGGUUGCUUUGCAGGCGAUACAAUGUUUAGGUGGGAACGGCUACGUGAAUGAAUAUCCAACCGGUCGUCUCCUAAGAGACGCUAAACUCUACGAAAUCGGAGCCGGAACAAGUGAGAUCAGAAGAAUGAUUAUUGGACGCGAGCUCUUCAAGGAGCAAUGACAUGCUAGUCCUUUGGAUUUUGACUGGAACUGAGCCCCUUGGAGAUGAUUCUUUGUAAAAGAUAUUUUCAUUUAUCAGAUGAGAAUUGUGUUAACCAGCAUUGAUCAAUAAUACAAGGAAUAAAAACUGCCAUAUCA